AUGUAUGUAUAUGGGUUGCAUAAGGCAUGGGAUUCGAGCGGGGUAUUCGAUUUCAGCUCCCAUAAGUUGGCCACUGCGACAAUGGGCCAAGAUGCGUCUUAUAAAAGAGGUCUGAGCCAAGCCCUUAGUCAUCAGUCGAGUUCCCUCCAUCGCUCCAGCUACAACUUCAACUUGUUCGCCAUGAAUGUCCUGAGUUCUAGCAUUGCCGUCUGCCUGAUCCUGAGCGCCCUCGUCGCUGUUCAGGCCGGGAUCAUCACCAGUCAUCCGGAUGAGCUGAUUGCCAGUCCCGCCCAGUAUGAGUUCCACUACUCCGUGCACGACAGCCACACCGGCGAUGUAAAGGAUCAGUUCGAGCACCGACGUGGCGAAUACGUGACUGGCCGCUACUCCCUCGUGGAUCCCGAUGGACACCGGCGCAUUGUGGACUACACCGCCGAUCCUCUGCUGGGCUUCAACGCUCAAGUUCGCAGGGAACCGCUUUCUCGCUAUUGA